CACAUAGGAGUUGCAGCCGCUCCCCCUUCCUUCUUCUAUGCUUUGACGUCUACAGCCAACUCUAUUUAUUUAGUAUAUUUUAUACCUUUUUUCCGCCAUUUUCAAGGUAAACAAAUCAGCCCUCAGACCCACAUAAUUACCAUACUUUUCUCAACCCUCCAGUCUCAUUCAAAUGGAAUCAAAGGACUAGACCCCCUACCCAACCCACAAAACAACACUAACCCAUGAAAACCCAUAAAAAGAUCAGCGAGAAGAAGAUCAAAGAGUGGGGUUUGUUUCAUCGAGGAUCUGAAAUUUAAGGGUAUUUAUUAGAAGGGGGCAGGGACGAAUGGACCCUGUAGUUCUCGAUAAGAUAAUCGAAAGGCUAAUUGAAGUCAGAUCUUCAAAGCCCGGGAAGGCGGUGCAGCUUUCGGAGUCAGAAAUCAAGCAGCUAUGUGUUGUCUCUCGCGAUAUCUUUAUGAGACAGCAGAAUCUUCUUGAACUCGAAGCACCCAUCAAAAUUUGUGGUGACAUUCAUGGGCAAUACAGUGAUUUAUUGAGGCUUUUUGAAUAUGGGGGUUUUCCUCCAAAAGCAAAUUAUCUAUUUUUAGGUGACUAUGUAGAUCGUGGCAGACAGAGUUUGGAAACAAUAUGCCUCCUGCUUGCUUAUAAAAUUAAAUAUCCUGAGAACUUUUUUCUUCUCAGAGGAAACCAUGAAUGUGCGUCGAUUAAUAGAAUUUAUGGAUUUUAUGAUGAAUGUAAGCGCCGGUUUAAUGUGAGACUGUGGAAAGCCUUUACUGACUGUUUUAAUUGUCUUCCGGUGGCGGCUCUGAUUGAUGACAAGAUAUUGUGCAUGCAUGGGGGCCUCUCCCCUGAUCUUACAAACUUAGAUCAGAUUAGAAACUUACCACGUCCAACUGCUAUUCCUGACACUGGGUUGCUCUGUGAUUUACUGUGGUCGGAUCCUGGUGAUGUCAAGGGAUGGGGUAUGAAUGACAGGGGAGUUUCAUUCACCUUUGGCUCCGAUAAGGUGUCAGAGUUCUUAGCAAAGCACGAUUUGGACCUUGUCUGUCGUGCUCAUCAGGUUGUGGAGGAUGGUUAUGAAUUCUUUGCUGAUAGGCAGCUUGUUACCAUUUUCUCUGCCCCCAACUACUGUGGUGAAUUUGAUAAUGCCGGUGCAAUGAUGAGCGUUGAUGAAAACUUGAUGUGCUCUUUCCAAAUUCUUAAGCCAGCAGAGAAAAAGAACAAGUUCAUGAUGUCCACAAAGAUGUAGUUACUGUUCCCUACUUUUACAAGUGUACAGAAAUACGACUGACUAUUGAAUAUAUCUCUCUUGUUCUGCUCGACACUGGCGUACUGAUUUACACCACGUUGUCACCAACUUCUGUACUGGUAUACAGGAAUACAGGUGAUCUUCCUUUGUUUGUUACAAUUUGGAACAUUUGGGUGGUAAAACACUUUUUGGCCAUCAUAAUUUUAAAUGGAGAUCGAGUGUAAAUGACAUGAAUUAAACUAAUCAUGUUUGCUUAAGGUACUUUGCAAGUCACUCAAUCUCUCCCCAUUUUAUAAGUUUAUAUGACUAAUGCAUGGAUUAUUUGCUUUCAUAGACAAUUGCUUAAUUUCUAGAGCAUAUAAUGUAGUGUCAGGAUUCAUGUUUGACUCUUCCAGAACAAUUUAUAAACGGUCAUGCAUGCAACAGAAGGUUAGUUAUAGCUUGAUUGGAAGUAUAGAAUGGUUAGGCAUGGGCAUAUGUAAAUUAACCGUUUUCAGCCACAUCAUCUUGUUCUAUAUGCCAAAAAAGACAAAGGAACCCGUUGGCUGUUUAACAUCCUUAAUCCCUUACUUAAAGGGUGAUGCUCCAUUUUUUUUCCAAUACUUUGUUAAGAGUAACCAGUGGCUUUUUAAGAAUUUCACUAUGUUAUGUUUAAUGUAUCAUUUGAAUCAUGUUUUUCCAGCAUGAUGAGAUUUAAUCAUUUCGUUAUUCAUUUUUUGGUUGUCUCUUCAUGAAGUAGAUGGUUAUUUUACCUCAUUGGUAUAUGUACUUACCAUGUUUGGACUUGGUCCCCGGAUAUCAGACGCCCUUAUAGAUAUAUUGAAAAAGGAGUCAAACCAGGAUUAUACAACUGGUUUGGAGUUAGAUAAUGGCAGUCCAACUUCUUUUGUGUUUGUACGGACAUGAACUACUCUACUAAUGAACAUUGUGAACUAGGCUGGAUGACAAAAUUGUUCGGCCCAACCUGCCUGUUAAACAAACAAGCUGACUCAUUAAGGCUCGUUCUCUCGAUGAGCCCAUUGGAAAGGAUUCAUGCUUAGGUUGAGCCGUUGGGGUCAUACGACUCAUACAUGAUACAUGACCCUGUAAUGACUGCAUUUAUUUAAAUCAGUGCUAAUUGUUUAUAUCGGUUGUGCUACUCUUCUCUUGUUAAUUGUUAGCAAUUUAAUUCUAUUGACAGGUUUCUCUUAUUGCAGAUAUCUUUCUAUUGUUAGAGGAAGAAGUGGGUGAAGCUUGUCUUGGAAAUUCGAACUCAAGGAGAUAUGAGUACCAUGUUUCAUGCUCGGUGUAUCUUAUUGGUUUGAUAAAUGUUUGGUUGGCACAGGCCAGAAUCUUCAUUGGCUUUUUUUUACCCCUUUUCAGUGAGUGGUGCAUGUACAUAUAUUAAUUUGGAAACUGCUUUAUGUUAGCUUUGGAUCAUGGCCAGGAUAAUAGAGCUCCAUUCACUAAAAUCAGCUGAUUUUGUGCCAGACUCUAAUGGAUUAUGGGGUUUUGCAACAUUUGUAUUGGUGAGUUCGGAUAAAUACUUGUUUGACAUGUUCAAUUAUAAUCGUCAGACUCAGUUGCAUGCUUAGGAUGUCAUGGUGAUGGUCUUCUUGUUGAAUGUUCUUGUUGCCGUAAAACUUCAAUAACUUGAGGAGACUUUCAGGCAACAGCUACUGGUCUUUUGGGCUGGCAUGAUUAAUCGUAGUCUUUUGGUUUCUGGGAAUGAGCAAGGUUCUGUUGAUUUUAAUAUUUUCUUGCUUGCCGCUCUUUUUCUUUCCAUUUGCAUAUCCCGAGAGGAGGAAAUACUUUGAGGUGGAAUGAAUUCUCAGCUUUUGUUAUUUGUAUCGUAUUUGAAGGCUGCAUACAUUUGAUUCUCUUCAGACCUUGUAGUAACUGGAGUUUUGUAUACUAGGUUGACUUUCAUUGCUUACCUACUAG